GAGCCUGGACACACAGGGCUGUCCCUCCCCCAAUCCUCACUUCUACGUCCAAAGUCGGGACUCCCUCCUACCACCUGUAGAGAAGAGGGAGAGGAUUUGAAAUCAAGUCCAGGUAUCUGGGGUCCCUAGACAGAACUGGACUUCGGACCCCGUGUCCUGCUACUCCUGCUGGGGCUUCUCUAGAUGUUAUGGAGCUCGGUCUGUCUCCACCUCAUCUCAGCAGCUCCCCGGAAGACCUGUACCUGACCCCUGGGACCCCUCCUGGGACUCCUCCGCCUCCCGAUGCCCCUCUACCUGGGGAGGUCAAGCGGUCCCAGCCUCUGCCCAUUCCGACCAGCAGGAAUCUUCUUCGAGAGGAGGAGCUGCGGACAAGCUCUCUACCCUCCAUCCCCAACCCCUUCCCUGAGCUCUGUAGUCCUCCUUCACAGACCCCCAUUCUUGGGGGGCCCUCCAGUGCAAGGGGGCUGCUCCCUCGAGAUGCCAGCCGCCCCCAUGUAGUAAAGGUAUACAGUGAAGAUGGGGCUUGCCGGUCCGUGGAGGUGGCCGCCGGUGCUACGGCUCGCUACGUGUGUGAAAUGCUGGUGCAGCGAGCUCACGCCUUGAGCGAUGAAAACUGGGGGCUGGUGGAGUGCCAUCCCCAUCUGGCACUGGAGCGGGCCUUGGAGGACCACGAGUCAGUGGUGGAAGUGCAGGCUGCCUGGCCCAUUGGUGGAGACAGUCGCUUUGUCUUCCGGAAGAACUUCGCCAAGUAUGAACUGUUCAAGAGCUCCCCACACUCCCUGUUCCCAGAAAAGAUGGUCUCCAGCUGUCUGGAUGCACACACAGGCAUAUCCCAUGAAGACCUCAUCCAGAACUUCCUGAAUGCAGGCAGUUUCCCGGAGAUCCAGGGCUUCCUGCAGCUCCGGGGGUCAGGACGGAAGCUUUGGAAGCGCUUCUUCUGCUUCCUGCGCCGGUCUGGCCUCUAUUACUCCACAAAGGGCACCUCUAAGGAUCCAAGGCACCUGCAGUAUGUAGCAGAUGUGAAUGAGUCGAAUGUGUACGUGGUGACCCAGGGCCGCAAGCUCUAUGGGAUGCCCACGGACUUUGGCUUCUGUAUCAAGCCAAACAAGCUCCGGAAUGGCCACAAGGGGCUUCGGGUCUUCUGCAGCGAGGAUGAGCAGAGUCGCACCUGCUGGUUAGCAGCUUUCCGCCUCUUCAAGUAUGGGGUGCAGCUGUAUAAGAAUUUUCAGCAGGCGCAGUCUCGCCACCUGCGUCCGUCCUGUGUGGGUUCCCCCCCUUUGAGGAGUGUCUCUGAUAACACCCUGGUGGCCAUGGACUUCUCUGGCCAUGCUGGGCGUGUCAUCGAGAACCCCCGGGAAGCUCUGAGUGCAGCCCUGGAGGAGGCCCAAGCCUGGAGGAAGAACCACCGUCUCAGCCUGCCCACCCCAGGCUCAGGCACAAGCCUCAGUGCAGCCAUCCACCGCACCCAACCCUGGUUCCAUGGACGCAUCUCCCGAGAGGAGAGCCAGCGGCUCAUCGGGCAGCAGGGCCUGGUGGACGGCCUGUUCCUUGUUCGAGAGAGUCAGCGGAACCCACAGGGCUUUGUCCUCUCUCUGUGCCACCUGCAGAAGGUCAAACAUUAUCUCAUCCUCCCGAGUGAGGAGGAGGGCCGCCUGUACUUCAGCAUGGAUGAUGGCCAGACUCGCUUCACGGACCUGCUGCAGCUCGUGGAGUUCCACCAGCUGAACCGUGGCAUCCUGCCGUGCUUGCUACGCCACUGCUGUACUCGCGUGGCCUUCUGACGGCUACAGAAACAGGCAUGUGUCUUGGCCUGGUCCAGGCUGGCCACUGUCCCCUCUGCUCAUAGGGUGGACUUGGAGGGUGCAGAAGGUGGGGACAGGCUCAUGAAUGAUUGGAUGGCUCCCCUACUCUGGAGAGCUUUCUCCUCUGCCCCUUUGCUUCCCUCAGGCAGAAAGCGCGCCUCACCCACUCCACCCCCAGCCUGUCUCCUCAAGAGAAGGCUCUUGGGGUGGCCCUCCCCUUCACAGAACUCCUGGACACUGCCCUGGGGCAAGGCGUUUUGGGAGAGAUGGGGCAGCCCAGGUGGUCUUAUGCCCCACACUUUGUACAGACUCAGAGGCCAGUUGAUCUGCUCUGUUUUAUACUAGUGACAAUAAAGAUUAUUUUUUGAUACA